AUGAGCCUGUCAACUUUCCUUAACCCAAUUGACGGAACUGUUGAGGUGCAGGAGUCCACGCUUGAGUAUGUCAUUGCGGCACAUAUUGUGCUACAGCUGGAGGAGGACGAGGAUGAGGAGGUAGCUGAGCCGCCUUCUACAAUUAAUCAAGAACUCAAUGGCCUCAAGCGCUUGCUCAGCUUCAAGAACCAUGAGCCAGAUGCCAACUCCGUGAAGCUCACGAUACUCAUGUGCAUGGAAAUAAGCCUCCUGCAGCUGGUAGAGUAUAAAAGACGGCAAUGGAAACUAGAUAGCUGGUUUAAAUGGUCUAUAUGA